AACUAGCAGCACUGCAUCGCCCAUCUGUCAACAAUCACACACACAGCUCUCCCGCUAUUCAUUCAUUCAAGCGUCAACGAGCGUACAUAACGGACGUAAAUAAAGUACCUCGAACAGACUUAAUUCGUGUUUUACUACAAGUCACUGAUACUUGUUACAUGGUGUCAGAAGUAAAUUAGUACGUCGUUAAAAGUGCGAAUAACCGUUCGUCGCGUUAAGCGCAGAAAGCAAAACAGUUUGUCGUUCAAAACGCGGAAAAAGAACAAUUUGUGUGUCGCUCGAAAAGCGUUUGUUUACAAAAAAGUUCGUCGAUCAAAUCGUUUCAAAUGGCGAACGUUCUGGAAGGAAGACUGCCCCAGCAAUUGGACUGCUCAAAUUUGGCCAAGGAGUGGCCAAAGUGGAAGCAGCAGUUUCACAUUUACAUGAUCGCCAACAACAAAAACGCUGAGCCGGAACAAAACAAGAUCGCGACGUUUUUGUGGCUGAUCGGGGAGCGAGGAGUGCAAAUUUACAACACGCUUUUCCCAAACAACGGCGAUGUUGAGAGUAUGUUUGGAGUUCCAGCUGCGGCCGCUGCUGUUGCCGCUCCCGCUGGCCAAGCACCUGCCGCUCCCGGCGCUGAAGAUAAUGACCCGCAGCCGCCAGCACGAUCUCUCGUGGAAGUCAUUACGGCGUUCGACGGGUACUGCUUACCACGAAAAAACGUUGCAAUGGAGGCGUUCAAGUUCAACAUGAUCGUGCAGAAGGAGAAGCAGUCGUUUGCUGACUUCGAGACGGCUCUGAGGACACAGCUGGGCUACUGUGAGUUUGAGUGUUUGACGUGCCAUUCGUCGUAUGCUGACCGUAUGUUGAGAGAUCGGAUCAUCAUUGGUGUUCAGGAUAAGAAACUCCAGCUCAAGCUUUUGGACGGGAAGGAUGAACCAUUGGCGAGAAUCGUUGAAACGUGUAAAAUUUUCGAAGCAGCUGCAGAGAACAAACAACUUCUAGAUCGCAGAACGCCGCAGACGGAGAUCAACAAAGUCGCUGAACAAGCCUCGCAGGGAGAAAAUGAAGUUGCCGCGGUGAAAGGUGGGCCGAUGUGCUUCAACUGUGGCCAGCCCUACAACGGACGACAUCGUCGAUACUGUCCGGCCAACAACGUCAACUGUGACUCGUGUGGUCGCCGUGGUCAUUUCAUGAAGUUCUGCAGGGCAUCGAAAUCCAGCAGCAACAAUCGCAGCAGUGGUUCAAUGGAACAGGGCAACUCUCAUCGUGCAGCAGGAAACCAGCGGAGCAACAUUCAUCGGGCAGCAGCAGCAUCUUCGAGCCAGGACCAGCGAGCUGUAAACACCACAGUUCAAAGUGUGAAUUGGGCAGAUGCAGAGUGAAUUCAAACACUGAGGAUAAUGAGAAGACACGAUUAAGGUGGACAAAAUGUUACCACAUUCAGAACUGGCCGGUCCUUUUUAAACUCGACACGGGCGCGGAUGUUAAUUGCAUUCCCUUGAAAUACGUAAAGCAGAUAAACAUUCCCAUCGUCAAAUCCUCUUCCUUCAAAGUUGUUGAUUACAGUUCGAAUAAAAUCCAAAUUCAUGGUCAA